UGCGCCAGUGCCUGCUGAGAGGUUGGGGCUGUGGCUGCUCGUGCCGGGUGAUGCUAGGCGGCUCCCUCCGCUGCAGGCUGUUGGGAGGUGUGGGUGGCAGUCGCGGGUAUUUCGGGGCGCGAGGUGUCUGUGAAGGUGGCGCAGCCAUGGCGGCAGGGGAGAGCAUGGCCCAGCGUAUGGUCUGGGUGGAUCUGGAGAUGACAGGAUUGGACAUUGAGAAGGACCAGAUUAUUGAGAUGGCCUGUCUGAUAACUGACUCUGAUCUCAACAUUUUGGCUGAAGGUCCUAACCUGAUAAUAAAACAGCCAGAUGAGUUACUGGACAGCAUGUCAGAUUGGUGUAAGGAGCAUCAUGGGAAGUCUGGUCUAACCAAAGCAGUGAAGGAGAGUACAAUGACAUUGCAGCAGGCAGAAUACGAGUUUCUAUCCUUUGUACGACAGCAAACUCCUCCAGGGCUCUGUCCACUUGCAGGAAAUUCAGUUCAUGCAGAUAAGAAGUUUCUGGACAAAUAUAUGCCCCAGUUCAUGAAACAUCUUCAUUAUAGAAUAAUUGAUGUGAGCACUGUUAAGGAACUGUGCAGACGCUGGUACCCAGAAGAAUAUGAAUUUGCACCAAAGAAGGCUGCUUCUCACAGGGCACUUGACGACAUUAGUGAAAGCAUCAAAGAACUUCAGUUUUACCGAAAUAACAUCUUCAAGAAAAAAACAGAUGAAAAGAAGAGGAAAAUUAUGGAAAAUGGGGAAAAUGAGAAGACUGUGAGUUGAUGAUGCCCGUUGUGCUGCCACCACUUAGUUCUCUGGAAGUAUCUUCUGGUGGUUUUUUUUUUUUUUUUGUUCACACUGAUUGCUUGGCAGAGCACCUUCUUUCAGUUAAUUUGCAUCUCCAGAUUAUUCAAGCAGACUGCACCUGAAAUAUCAUUUGUCUCCUAACAUGCUGUUUUCAUUUAUGACACAGCGGCUCGUUUGUAAGUACCAGGUCAUGUCCAUCCCUUGGUACAAAUCCACAUUUGCUUUUAGACCAUCUUUUGUUUUUUUUUUUAAAUAAUAAAGCUAGUUCUAUUGAAAUGCAAA